AUGUUUGGCGUGCAGGGACCGGGGCCAAGGGCUUGCUUGAUCAGACAGAGCGAUACACGCGUGAUAGCGGUAGUCUUCACCAUUGAUGAAGUGCAGCCCUACACGCCGCGCAAAGCAGACUCCAAUGACUUUCACUGGGAGAUCUCCGCAGACGGGGGAGUCCCUGAGCAGUUCCACGCACACAUGGGGGUGACAUGCCGAGGGGGUGUGUGGGUGAGGAAAAGGGGAAGAGGCUUGUUUGUUCACCACAGAGGCCACGUCUAG